GGACAAUCGGUCAUUAUUGAAAUCCGAUGUAGAAUUUAUGGGUUUAAAUUGAAAAGUCAUUCGAAUGUACUUCCUAAUCAUUAACUCUGGUUAUUAACCUAAGCUUUUUAGAGCUUUUUGAAUAUUUUUUCACUGUUUUGAUCCAAAAAAAAAAAGAGAAAAUUCAGUAUGAUGGAUGUGAAGCAGUACAUUGUAGCAGUACAGUACAUUGUAGAAAACGCUUUCCCUUAUAGUAACAUAAUCAAAAAUUCUAUCUUGUUAUAUUAUUAGGUGAAAUUCUGGUGACUUCCUACCAGUUCUUGAAGGACAUGGAAAAUAAGUUGGAUAAGUUCCGAGCAGUCGGCUAUAUAAUUUAUGUAAAAAUUUAUGGGAAAAAUAUUUUUUUAGUAUAACAGAGGGAACAUUAAAUCGUUCUUUAGGAGUAUAGCAAGAUUCUACAUGGUGAGACAAUAAGUUUAGUAAUUUAAUGUAUGAAUAUAAUGAAUUUAAUAUAAAAGUAUCAAUUAUUUUCCCAGAAUUCCUCUUCAGAGUACUGCGUUAUUAAAUUUUGACUGCCAAAUAAAGCAAAGCAAGGUGGACAUAUCAAGUAGAGUUGGUUAGUUGUAAGUGAAUAAAGACACCUUCUAUAUCUUUGGAACUGUGCUGUUUUUGCAUCACCCCUUCACCUUUAAUUCAGUGAGUGGCUCGCUCAGCAGUGUGGCAGGGCACUUCACACUCUUUGUGUGUGGAGUAAAGAAAGCAAGUUAGCUGCUGGAGCUGGGUACCACCACGAGUUCCCAAUUCCGUUGAGGCAAGGUGUGUUUACUGAUAGUAGAAGGUGGCCAACUACCCCAAUUGCUCGAAGGGCGGCUAAUCAUGUACCAAAAAUUGUUAUUCUUGAUAAUGUCGAUUAUAUUGUAUAGUGUGUGUAACGUCAUUUUGUUUGCUGGAUUUUGGUAUUAAUUGAUUUCUCCUCCAAUUCCAUAUCAGUUAUUUUAAUAUUACUUCACUUUAAGAAAUCGCUUGCCAAGACACCUAGAUACAGGCAUAAUCUUUAUUGAAUCUGUUAUCUGUAUACAGAUACCGAGAGGUACUUAAAUAAGGAUAAAUGUUCCCAGCACGUUUUAAUCUAGGUAUUGUAUCUGUGAUACUUUCCAGACAUUACGAAAUUUUUUUGCAACAAAUUAAAAUAAUUUCGAUAUCUAUAAGGUAAGAAAACACUUAAAUUAUGCUAUAACCUGUAACCUACCUAUUAUUUUUUCAUUCGUUGACUUCGUAGGUGUUUUGCAAAACUAAGACGAAUAAAAUGAGUGAGUACUUAACAUAAAAACAAACAAACGCGGCAAUAAAUAAUCUUGAAAGGUUUUUAAACUAUUUUAUAUGUAAGUAGUUUCAUUUGUGCCGCACGCUUGAACGCGGUGCACUACACGCGGUAAGUGGAUAAAUGUAAUAAUGCCGAAAACACUUUUACCUAUCGUUCAACCCACGCACUGCUGUUACCGAAAAAAGUGUCUAAUCGUUUAAUCCGUCGCGUAAUAAUUCGCAAAUUUGAAGUAUAUCUAAAAAAAUCGGCAACUUUAUAUUAAAAAGAUUUGUGAAAUCGCUUAUGUGCUACCGCUUCAUCUUAAAUGUGUCACGUAUUAUCUAUCCAUACAAUCAAGAUAGUCGUGAGACUUCAAAAUUUACAUUUGGUGUUCUAGAGUUCUUUUUUGCAUAAACGCGCGUGCUAGUACUUUCGCUCCUAUAAUAAAGCUAUGUAUCAUGAAAUAUUUGUUAUAACGAAGUAAACAAUGUAAAAAAUUAUCUUAGUGUAGAAACAGGGAACUCGAUCUAAAUUGGAAUUGUUUUCUUUGUCAUACGCGUUAAUACCUCAGAUAACUAAUAAAGGUUGUUUAUAUUAUUUCUCAACUCUACCAGUUUUUUGUUUCAUCAUCUUUAAACUAAGCGGCUUAGAAAUAUGUGUGUAUGUGGAAUACCUACUAAUAAUUUUAAGCUGCUGUGAUUAUUGUGUAUCAUACGGUUGCAUUAACGACAUAUUUGGCCAAGGGAAUUUUUUUUGGCUAAGUAAAGCGUUUUCACGUUAUAUAAAUAAGUAAUUUCAUAAAUGAAAAUUGUUAAUUUGAUUUUAUCAUGUAUGACAUGAUGAUGUAUUAUUUAGAAAAAAAUAAAUAAAUCUCUGACUACUCCAAAAGCGAAUCCAUAUAAUUAGCAGUGUUUUCCUAUUGUAAAAUUUGCGCCAUUGCCAUUCCACUUUAGAUCGAGUUCACUCAUUGGAAAUUGAACGUCAAGCUUACAAAUCCACUUUUCUCUUCGCGCACCAAUUGAUUGGCACGUUUGCGCAGGAAAUGGCGGCAAUAACGUUAUACCAUGCCCAACACGCGAAUCCAGACGACGGUGGGAAUCCCACUGUUGCCAAGGUGACAGCUAUGGCGGUCCUCUUCGCCUGUUCGUUAACUCUGGGGUGUUGCCCCAUCAGGUUGAACAGGUGUAUAGUCAAGGGCCAUUCGGACACGAAAAACAAUCGGAUCGUCAAAAUGUUGCUCGCCUUCGGGGGCGGUGUUUUGCUCUGCACUACGUUCCUGCACCUCGUACCGGAAGUAUCCGAAAAAUUCGAAGAACUCGACCUAACUCCGGACGUCGAAAUCCAUCCCGCCGAGUUGCUGAUGUGUCUCGGCUUUUUCAUUAUGUACUUUGUGGAGGAGUGCGUCCACGUUUACCUUCACAGGAGGGAAAAGAUGGCGGACAACAUGGCACCGGUCGCGCGUUCACUAUCAAUUCGCCGUGGUGAAAAAGAAGAUUCCUGUUUCGCGGAAAGCAUUGAAGACAACCUCCACGAAGACACGGACCACAAAUGCAGCAGGCACACAGACCACAGUCACCUGUUCGUCGACAAUUCGCGAUCCACUCUUGCAGUCAUUCAAGGCAUGCUUGUCGUAUUAGCGUUGUCGAUUCACGAACUGUUCGAGGGACUUUCUGUGGGUUUGGAGUCUAGCGCCGCCAAUGUUUGGUACAUGUUCGGAGCAGUGAGCGCCCAUAAAUUAGUAAUAGCGUUUUGUAUAGGCGUCGAGUUGGUGACGUCGGGGCUGAGAACCCCCCUCGUAGUCGUUUACGUGUUUAUUUUUGCGGUCGUCAGCCCGUUGGGUAUCGGCGCCGGUAUAUUGCUGAGUGAUUCGGAGAUGACGUCGGCGGAUACGGUCUCCGCCAUCUUGCAGGGUCUCGCUUCUGGUACGCUACUGUAUGUCGUGUUUUUCGAGAUCCUGCAAGACGACAGGAAAAACGGACUGCGACAGUACGUCUCUAUAUUCGGUGGGUUCGUUGUUAUGUUCGGGAUCGCGAUGAUUUGAAUUUGCGGUUGGUAGAUGGAGCCAGUGUCGGUGGUUGACAAACGGACGUCGUCGAUCGAUUCUAGGUAACCGAUAAUAUCGCAUCAUCUCAGUGCGUGGAAAACAUAAAAAAUAGUUAAGGACAGAUUAAGCAGUGCUGAAAGGAUUAUAACUUAGUUACUGU